AUGAAUGGAACGGCAGCGCUACGACGCAGCGUUGGGGCUGGUGCGGGCGCCAUCAGUGGUGGAGCCAUCGAGCCAGCACCCAUCGCCACUCUGGUCGUAUACAAGGAUGACGCUGGGUUUGGAAUGAAAGUUUCUGGCGACAAUCCGGUCUACGUUCAGUCCGUGAAGGAAGGUGGUGCAGCAGCAAGAGCCGGUCUUCAUGCGGGCGACAAAAUAAUCAAGGUGAAUGGAGUUAAUGUGAUGCAAUCUACGCAUACUGAUGUGGUUCAGCUUAUAAAAUCAUCGACACAAGUAGUACUGACAGUGCAGCAGAAACCAGUGACGUCGAGUGGCGCGGCAGCAGUAGCAGCGAUAGCGACUGCUACUACAGCAACAACAACUUCCGGUCUACAAGUCGGGGUGGCUGGCACUACGAGUCAACAGCAUCCUCGUCCGGUGAGUUUGUCGGCAGCCGGAAAUAUGUCGCCCUCACAGCCAGCGACUUCCCUUCACAGAGCAUCCACUGCACCGGCGGGCGGUGCUCCGUGUAAUACUCGAAUCACGGGCCCACAACCAGUCGAUCUCGAGAAGAAGCGGCAGUUGGAAACACAGAGAGUUCACACAUUCCAGCUUAUGUUGGAAAAAGAACAGAGUUACGUAGACAAAUUACGGAGUGAGUUGGCAAAAGUUGGCACCGCCAGUAGCAGCACUAACGUUACAACCCUGCAAACAGAGCUAGCGGGUGCCGAGAGAAGAGUACGCACCCUGCAGGAACAACUUGCAGCGAUUAGCACCAACGAACAGCUUUGCUCAUUGGUAACAAACACCUCGUGCUCCUCGGGUUAUUGUCCACCCUCGAACAACGGCAGUGGCACAGACGUACCGCCCCCACUGCCGUCGCGCAAAUCCUUGUCCAUGCAAAGUCUCUCUCCACCGCCCUUGCCUCCCAGACCUCCACCCGUCACGCAAAACACAGUCCAACCGGAGCUGGACCGACAUCUGCUGAUUCACUUAACGCCUUCAACCGUCAGUCAGGGUAUUUCUAACUCUCUUUCUCAAGAUGCGAAUUUGAGCGCUUCGAAUGCGCUUAGUAAACAUCAGCGAACAAAAUCCAGCCCAGAACAACUGGGAACAACGGCAAUGUCUCCGUCGGAAGCCAGUAGACGUCUAAUCGCCUCCGAAUCGAUGAACGACUUAUUACCACCAAGACAUGUCGAGCAUAACGAUAUUGAUAUCAAUGAAUUAUCUCGUGUCACACCGCCGGGGACACCUCCGCCACCGUAUCCUGCCCCCGUUUUAGGGCAAGAUAUUUUCUCGUCCACAUUAAACGAUGGACUUGCGACUGAUAUCAUUCCUGGACUGCCAGCGUUCCAACAGCCAAUUAUGUCGAUGGAAGAAGAUGACGUUAGUGAUCAAGAAAUUGGUCAAUUGGAAGAUCACGGACCGUUCCAAUCAUUAUCUAGGCUGUGGGGACACCAUGCACACCUUGCUGUAUUUAUUAAUUAUGUAUUAUCUAAUAGUGAUCCUUCUAGUUUGUUAUUUUAUUUAGUAACUGAUUUAUACAAGGAGGGAAAUGCCAAAGAGAUGAAGAAAUGGGCAUAUGAAAUUCACUCUAGUUUUCUAGUACCUGGUGCGCCAUUACGUCUGCAUAAUGUAGAUGAGAUUGUCGCAAAUGAGAUUGAUGAUGUCCUCUUGAAAGAAUCUGAUAAAGAAGAAAUUCUCAGAAAGAUAUUUUGGAAGGCGCGUACUAGAGCGAAGGAAGAGUUAAACGAACAGCUGACGCAGUUCCAGCAGAAGAGAACUGCGGGAUUAGCCACGAUCUUCGGUCCGACCGAUAUCUCGCUCGAUGAGAGCAUGUCCGAUAAAACGCGCGAAACGAAAAUUAUCGAAACGUAUCUUCUGCCGAAAAUGGAACCUUAUUUGGAAGACAUAGAGAAAGAACAUGUCGAUUUGCGGCUUUUUACGACAGCAGCUGGUCUAGCUACGAUAUUGAUAAAGAUUUUUCAGUUGCGACCAGUAUGGAUUGAUCGAGUGCCUACUUUUGUUGCAAAAGAUAAAUCCAAUAUCAAAGCGCGGCUGCUUACUGGGAAGUCGCGUAAAAUAACGAUCAGAGGGCAUCAUUUUGUAGCGCAUCAAUAUUUCACGACAACUUAUUGCAAUCAUUGUCAACUUAUUAUCGGCGGUAUUGGUCCUCAAGGAUAUUUAUGUGAUUGUUCUCUCAGUGUACAUCGACAGUGUGUUCGUGUGAUAGAGGAAAAUUGUCCUGGCCCUUUAAUGCCAAAAAAGGAAAAGGCCAAUGAUAGGAUUAGUAAAUUGAUGGAGCGCAUUCGACCAGAAAGGAAGCCUCCAUCUCAUCAUCAUCAUCAUUCCCAAAAUCAUAUAUCGCAUCUCGAUAAAAUAAGAAAAAGUGAAGAAGAUUGCGGUGUAUUGACAGAUGGAGAAAAUGGUGAACAUCGUGCGAGUAGCUUGGCGGGAAACAUUCGUAACAGUUGCGAGAGAAUGCGGAUUUCUAAUUUGGGAGGAACCAAUGAGCAUACUGAUAACAUGGACAAUCCUUCGUCACGAGAAGACAUCUCCGAAAUGGUCCAGCAAAAUAUUUCCAGUAAGCCAAAGACGUCAAACAUCAACAGGUCUGAAAGUUACAAGGAGCGGAUACAUCAUAAGCGGCAGUUGAGGGAAAAGAGGAAAACCAGUGAUCCGAAUUUAUCUAAAACAAAAGUCGGUUCCAGUGAUUGCGAGCCUUCCGGCAUAUUUCCCGGAAACUCGGCCGGCAGUUCAUCGAAUAGCAGUCUCUCUACGAGGAGCUUGGACAGUCCUAGUACCAGUUUGGAACAAGUGCACCCAACUUCAUCAACGGCAAACGCGUCAACUUCAUGGGACAGCGAUGUCGACGUUGAGGCCGAUCCACCGGACUGGAGUCAAGCUGUCCCUGAAGAUGUUCUCGCGCAGCUUAGCAACACUGAAAAGAAAAGGCAGGAUGUUAUUAACGAAUUGUUUCACACCGAACGCUCUCACGUUCGCGCCUUGAAAGUGCUUUCCCACGUCUUCCAUAAACCUUUAUUGGAAUCCCAAGUGCUGCCAUUAGAUCAGAUACAGUUACUUUUCUCUAAUCUAGACGAAAUGUUAAUGAUACAUUCGCGUUUUAACCAAGUGAUGAAACGGAAAAAGAAAGAGAACCCGUGCGUGAAUGACGUAGGCGAGCUUCUACUGGAGAUGUUUGACGGUGAAGCUGGUGAGGUGUUCGAGAAAGCUGCGUCGACUUAUUGCGCGAAGCAGCAAGUCGCUCUAGACGCUCUGCGCGAUCGUCGACGUAAGGAUUCUAAAUUAAACGCCUUCUUGAAUGAGGUGGAGGCAAAUCCAUUGUGUCGUCGACUCCAAUUGAAAGAUCACAUACUCACUGGCAUGUUGCGACUCACCAAGUACCCGUUGCUCUUUGAAAAUCUCGCCAAGUAUACGCCGGAUAGUAAUGAAAAAGAGAAAGCGGCCAUAUGCCGCAGUCUCGAGCGUAGCAAAGAGAUCUUGAGUCGUGUGAAUCAAGCGGUGAAGGAGGCCGAGGAUCAUCAACGACUCACGGAGAUUCAGCGAACGAUUGAUCGGUCGGCCUUUGACAAAUUCGAUCAUCCGACCGUACAGGAAUUCAAAAACCUUGAUAUCACGAAGCGCAAGCUGAUUUACGAGGGUCCGCUACAGUGGCGACGCACCGAGCCAAAUCGUUCGAUGCCAAAUCGCUCGGUGCCGAAGCCGGUCGACCUGCACGUGGUAUUACUCGAUGAUACAAUCUUCUUUCUGCAUCGGCAGGAUGACAAGUAUCUACUCAAGUUCAUCAACACAGCCAACCAAGCAGGCAACUCUGUUCUGAGCCCGAUCGUCAAGUUGUCCACUGUCUUGGUGCGUCAUAACGCCGCCGAGAAGGAUUCCCUCUAUCUCGUCAACACCUCGGAAAACGGUGCGCAGAUGUACAAUCUGGUGGCUCCUUCAUCAGCGGAACGUAAGCUUUGGUGCAAACACAUCUCCGAAGCCGUAGACGCCUACAAGGCGCGUAGUCGUCAGGGCAGAAGGCCGACGCCAUCCGUCGUGUUGUCAGAGGAACCGACGCACGUGAUGGAGGACGCAUCGCCUUCUGGAAUGGAGGCGGACGGCGUGACCAGUGAAAAGGAUCAGCCGCAGGAUCGGGAAUCGAGGGAUAUCGGACAAAAUACUACUAACGUGCAGGAGCAUGACGAGGAGAUGCCGGAAGCCGCUACCGCCGCAGGAACUUCCACGCCCGACCACACGCAACAACGGAUGCAAUCGACUGAGUCGCCAACGACAGGUAUGGCAGAGCCUCUACGAAUGGUCACAUGUACUCAGCUAUCGUUGAUAGAUCCAUUGGAAGUUCACAUAGAAGUACCACCAGUACAUGUUGCAGAGCCGGUUCUUACGCCAAUAGAACACUUGAGGCGUAAGGAUGAAAUAAUUAAACAAGCUCUACUUGAAAAACAGUUACUGAUGGCGGAUAUAUUGAAUAUCCCUAAAGAAGAUUUUGAGCAUGUGGCAGAUAUAGCAUCUGAGCCAUCCACUGUGGAAAAAGAGCCUACUGAACUCAUACUUGCUGCUAUUAAUCAAACUGAUCAGUUGGUAGGAAAGCUGAAUUCUAUAUUAAAUAUAAACGAGACAGAAACAAUAUUUGCAUCACGUGGGACAUCGACAUUGUCAUCUGCGGCGUGUGAAGCCACUGGUUGUCCUUCGCUACGAAAUCAUUCACAUCCUCAACAAUCAGUCAUGGGAAUGGUACAGCCAAUCUACGAUUAUCUCACAUCUCAGCUCUCGCAACUGUCACAACUCCUGGAGAUCAUAAAAGAGAGAGAAGAAGAGCGCGAAAAGCUGCGAAAGGAAUUGCGUAGGAGUAGGGAACGUAUACACGCUCUCGACACUGACGUACAACGUCGUGAAUUUUCAGAAAUGAUGACUGCAACGACUUACACACAAACGAUGCUCGAUGAUCUUGCGCGCCAAGACAAUUGCACCAGUGAUGUCGCUCACCAUGAUCAGGCGUUUAGUGAUGCAUAUGGAGAAACGGCUGCAGACGGUGGAGAUGUGGAGAACCUUGAGCUUAAAGUGGAAACUGAAGUGAUGGGUGACAGUGUCGGUUGAGGCACAACCGAUGAACAUUCUAUUGAUUAUACCCUUCUUGAUGCGGUGCAUUUCACGAGCGGUGCUGGAACGCUUUUGCAUAAUGGGAGAAAUCAAAAUUAUUUGUAUAAAAGAACUGAAAAAACGGACGAUGCAUAUAUGCAUGCAAAACAUUGCGUAUAAUUCUUUAUCUUGGACGAUAAUGCCGUAUGCAUGCAGGAAAAAAGAGCAAAGUUGUUAGCUGUUUUAUUUACCUUAUAACUUUUGGGAAUUUUAAUGAUAAUCUACAUCACAUGCUGUUACCUCUUUUAAUUCAUGAUUUAAUGCAUUAUUUCGAAAUACGAGAUAUGUCCUACAGAUUUUUUUAUAUUCACAAAUCAUUUAUAUUUUUUGUAAAAUGCACAAUUCUACUUUUUUUUAUCACAACCUAAUUCCAGUCGAAUCUAUGAAUUAUUAAUAUGAAAACGUUUCAACAUAAUUCUAUGAAAAAAAAUCGCUUGCUGAUGUAUCAGACAAUAUAUCCGCAACUUAUUACAUUAGUGUAAUAUAAUAAAUAUUGUAAUUGUUAUUAAUUAUACCAAAUAUAGUUAUUAUUAAGCAUAUUUCGUAAAUAAUGUCGACUUUUUUUAAUUAUAAAUGUCGAACAAUUAAUAUGUGCUAUAUUAUUGGCAAUUUACAUUUUUGUUAAAUUAAAAAAUAUAUAUUACAAUAAAACAGCUACUUCUUGUCUUAUUCCUGUAUUUAUCGAAAAAUAGAUCAAUAAUUAAUAUCUUUACCAAAGAUUUUAUGUAAAUGGAUUUACAUAAUUUUCCACUAAUCUCUCAAAUGCAACUUUUUUUACAUUAUUACGUUGCGUUGCGUUGCAUUGCGUUGCAAACCGAGUCCUGUAUAUUGCUAGUAUUAUUCCUAUGUAAGAAGUCCAGUUUAUAUACAAAGAUGAAUAUUAAAAUACGAAAAAAAAACAAAAAUUUGUAAAAAAAUUUUUUUAAAAUAAUUAUUAAUUAUCAAUUAUUGUUAAUUUCUUCGAAGUUAGUCUUACACUGAUGCAGUAUAUAAAUCUAAAUUUUAAUUAUUUCGAAAAUAAUAAAAUGGUCGAAGAAAGAAUUAGCUUGAAUUUUUUAUAUUGCAUACUAGGAAGAUGCCUUUGCAAGAUUUUAAAGAAGAAAGUGCAAAAGAGUGAACGAAAAAUGCUGUUUUCUUAUAUCUUUACAAAAUCGAGCAUUCAAUAGCUAUUUAGAAACAAUAUAUUUUCACAUAAUGUCGAUUUGGAACGUUUGUAAAAAAAAUUCAGUGGAAAAAUAUGUUAGGACUUGUUAUGUAUAAAAUCUUCUUGAAAAGAUCUGUGGAUGUAUGAAUUGAAUUUCUCACAAUUUAUGGUUUUCAAAAUUCGAGGGCUUCGUUAAUCUAAAUAUAAAAGUAUUUCCAAAUUAUUCCAGUAUCUAAGAUUCUAUGAAUUCUAAAUUCCGAAUUCCGCUUUCUUUAAAUUUAGCAAUUAUAUGAUCUAAAAGUACAAGAAUCUUGAGAUGUAAGAAUUCAAGAAUCUUGGACUGCAAAUAUAUAAUUUUUUUAUGGAAUAAAAAAGACGGUAGUUUAUGUACUUAAACUAAAUUUUUUACGCAUACAUACACAUAUAUGUACAUAUAUAUGUACACACAUUUGUUUGUGCACGUCGAUAUGUGUGUGUGUAUGUGUGUGUUUAUAUGUGACUUUAUACAGAAUGUUUCAUAACAGAUAUACUCUACUGUUUUUCGUUCAAUGAGUAUUAAAAAAUUUUUAAUUUUUUCUAAGGCAGCUUUCAUUGGAAUAAAUAAUUUUAUAAUACAAUAAUUGAAAAAUAAGACUUCACAAAAAUACUUAUGGAUUCUGAAAUGUAAAGAAUUAUAAAAUCCAAAUAGUUGAAUCGAAAAAUGUUAUAGUUUGAAAAAUAAAGUUGAAAGGAAAGUUUACAAAUUCAAAAGCACUCGAAAGCUCUCGGUAUAGAUAAUUAAAUCUAUAUUAGAACUUUUAUUUUUAGUAAUUUAAUUGAAUUAUGCAGUAAAUUACUUAUAUACAUAUUUUUCCGACAUCCUUUAUAUGAACGAAUUUAAAGUACAUGAAAUAAUUUUGUUUUACAAUAUUACACGCGUUUAUUAAAGCAACACUUAUUGUUCUUUUAUGUGGAAAUAGAGUGGAAUAAAAUCAUUCUAAAUACAAGAGAUAUUUCAAAAGUUCACGAUAGUAACUAACUUAUUAAAAGGAAAUACGUAUAAAUAAUAGCAUUUUAUAUCAAUCAACGAAAUUUGAUAAAAUGUAUUUUUAAAGUAUAGUAUAAACUUAGCUAUCAAUUUAAUACAUUUUGUAUAAAGCAAGUAACCAUACAUUUAUUAUUAUUAUUAUUAGAUUAAUACAAAUUUUUCACACUUAUACACAUGCAUCUACUUUCUUAUUAAGAUCUAACUUUAAAUAAAGUUAGAACUCGGGAAUCUUUAAAGAAAGGAAUUGAGAAGCUUUUUUUUAGCUAAAAAAAUUUAUUGAAACCAAAAGUGAUUAUUUUGCUUAUGACAUGUUUGGUCAAAUAAUUUAUAAAUACAAAUAUCAAACAGUUUUGUCUCGAAAAAUACAAAUCUGUUUUUGCACUAAUUUAAUAAAUAACGAUUAAUAUCAGCUAUUGUUUUUUUACAUAAUUACAUGAUUUUUUAAAACUAAAUAAGAAGUUUACUACGAUUGUAUCCGUCUCGUAUCGAAUUAAAGUAAUUUUAUUAAGAAACGGCUACUUGUGUGAAUUUACAUUGUUCAUUCCUGCAUUUGUUUAUAAUUUCCUUGAUGCUUUUGACAUCUAUUACGAAACGAUUAUGAUUGAAUCUACAAUGGUAUAUACAUGCUAGUGAAUAUUUCGAGCAAGAAUAUAGGCUUAUUAGAGACAAUCAAUGAAAUAAAAUUCAAAUUAGCAUAACGUAAAAAAUAUUUAUUCUCCCUCUUAUUAAUGUUCUUUAUUUUCCGUUAUGUUAAUUAGAAUACAUAUAGAGGACUCAUCUACUUACAUAAAAUCUUUGUUAUUAUAGAACACUCAUAAUGGUGGUACGCGAAAAACCACUGCGACGAUUGUAUAUGUAUAAAAUAUUUAAUUAUAUUAUUAUAUAGUUGAUAUUUUAUUAUUAUUAUUAUUAUUAUUAUUGUAUUAAAGCAGUUAUAUUGAUUUGUGUAA